GAGGGGUGUAGCACAGCUGACAUCCAGGCUGCAGAGCGGACUGUUGCAGAGGGACGCAGCGUGUCAAGCGGGCAGGUAACGGUUAACUUCUGCCCAAGUGAGGGAAAUAUGUCGAACUAAACCGUUGCGGGAGAGAUAGCGGAUUUCCACAGCAAAUUCACACCCCAUCAACGGGAUUAUUGUUUGGCAACAAGAGGGGAAAAUUAAGAAAAAGCCUUUUGGAGCCGUGCGUAAGAAAUCCACCCGAUUCCUGAAAGGGGUUGAUCAUCGCAGGGAGGAUUGCGCCAAAGUGCGACUUGAGGAUCAGCUUGUUCAUGCAAAUUCUUCAAAUCAUAGGCGUGCCUUUGAGCGAUGGAGUCACAGCCGGGAAAGCAACCCCCCUCCUGGAUCACCAGCGACCUUCAAAGACUGUGAUGCGCAGCGCUCGGACUCAUUGACCGUGAACCGGGGCACAUGUUUUAAAAAGCACUGCGCGAGAGAAGAGAAAGUUAGCUCUCAUUUUCCACGCGCUUCUGGACCAGCUGCACUUCUUCAACACAGCAGCUCGAAGCGGACGGGAUCAUCGCUGUCCACAUUGCACUCGGGUCUUCUCUAUUUCCAUAUGUCCGCAUUCAAUUUGGACGACUUCGACCAGUAAGAACCCUGAUGCGCAGGCAGCUCCGGACUCGUGCGUAAAGACGCGAUCGCAGAUUUGCUCCUAUUUUGAGAAAAAUCUUUCCUAUAAUCUGAAUCACUGAGGACCUUUCACGAUGUCAGAGGACGACACCAGCUCCACCGCCAGCUCCAUGUCCGAGCCCGAAGGCAGCAACGUCAGCGUCCUCCACUGGGAGCAAGUGCAGCGGCUGGACGCCGUCCUGACGGAGACCAUCCCGAUCCACGGACGAGGAAACUUCCCCACGCUGCAGAUGCAGCCGCGGCACAUCGUUAAAGUGGUGCGCAGGCGGAUGGAGGAGAAACAGAUCCACGUCCGGGACGUUCGGCUCAACGGCUCCGCAGCCAGCCACAUUCUGCACGGGGACAGCGGACUGGGCUACAAGGACCUCGACCUCAUAUUCUGCGCCGAUAUGAAAGGGGAGAGUGAUUUCCAGAUUGUGAAGGACAUUGUUUUGGACUGUCUCCUGGAUUUCUUACCCGACUGUGUGAAUAAAGAGAAAAUAAGCCCGUUAACGUUAAAGGAGGCCUAUGUGCAGAAGAUGGUGAAGGUGUGUAAUGACUCCGACCGCUGGAGUCUCAUCUCCCUCUCCAACAACCGCGGAAAGAAUGUGGAGCUGAAGUUCGUGGACUCCCUCCGCCGGCAGUUUGAGUUCAGCGUGGACUCCUUUCAGAUCCGGCUGGACUCCCUGCUGCUGUUCUACGAGUGCUCCGAGAACCCGAUGGCCGAGACCUUCCACCCCACCAUCAUGGGCGAGAGCGUGUACGGGGACUUCAGCGAGGCCCUGCACCACCUGCGCCACAAGUUCAUCUGCACCCGAAACCCGGAGGAGAUCCGGGGCGGGGGUCUGCUGAAGUACUGUCACCUGCUGGUGAGGGGCUUCCGGGCCGCCUCCGAGUCCGAGAUGAAGUCCCUGCAGCGCUACAUGUGCUCGCGCUUCUUCAUCGACUUCUCCGACAUCGGCGAGCAGCAGCGCAAGCUGGAGUCCUACCUUCAGAACCACUUUGUCGGCCUGGAAGACCGCAAGUACGACUACCUGAUGACCCUGCACGGAGUGGUCAACGAGAGCACCGUGUGCCUGAUGGGACACGAGAGGCGGCAGACCCUGGGGCUCAUAGCCAUGCUGGCAGUGCGCGUCCUCGCCGAGCAGAACGUCAUCCCCAACGUGGCAAACGUUACGUGCUACUACCAACCCGCCCCCUAUGUGGCAGACGGCAACUUCAGCAACUACUACAUAGCGCAGGUUCAGCCGGUGUUCGCCUGCCAGCAGCAUGCAUACUCCACCUGGCUGCCCUGCAACUGAGUGAUGCCUGGAGGGAAGGUGGAGGAAACAGAACCUGAUUUGUUUAAACAAGAGCGAGCGGCGUGGUUGCCUCCUCAAACCUGCCCAGAGUCCUCUUUUUUUUUAAUGUUUUGCCUCAAAGGCCCGCGUUUUGGCUUUCACUUCGAGUACAUAUUUCAAUGUGAACCACUCACAUUUCUCGUAAGGCCUACUGAUUCAGCCCAGGCCCACCGGGUUUGCGAAAAAAAAAAAAAACUAAUUUGUGGUAGCUUGGAAAUAAAAGGCUCAAUGCAAAAAAGCGCGUUGGCCUCGGACGCGAGCAGCGGAGCUGUCAUCGAAACGGGUCGAGGCAGAUCGAAGUCUGUCUAGAACUGACUAGCCAGCACGUUGCAACAGCAGGCCAAUCACCUGCAUCAGUGCCCUGAGGUCCAACUUAACACACACACACACACACACACACACAUAUAUAUAUGGUGAAAUCCGAGUUGUGAGCAUUAGGCCUCCAAAACGAGAUCGGCUUAACUGAGGUGGGAUGCUGUUAAAGUAGUUUGAAUUGCAAACUACUGGCAAAAAACUGGCAUCUUUGCCUCACAUUUGGUUCUCAUCAUGGUUGUUUACAGACCAAAGAAUUUUGUUCCAAUCGUUUCCAACAUUAAAAUCCUAUUCUGAGGGGGGCUAUUUUGGGUGGGUGAUAAACAGAAAAAUGAAGCUGUGUCUCUUUGUACAUGCAAACAUGUGCGUUUGUAUUAAGUGCCUAUAAGAGAAUGAGCAGGCCAAAUGAUUAUGUCUUUUUGUGAAUUUGCUCCCCCCCCCCCCCCCCCCCUGUGUUUAUGGCCAGCCUCAGUAGACAAAAGCACCUAAAAGGCUUGUGAAUGUACAUGUGAAAUCAUGCAGUCAGUGUUUUUUUUUUCUUUUCUUUUUUUAAUGCUUGGAUGGAAAAAAAAUAGCACCUGUGUUACUGAGGAUGUUGCAGUUAAGGAGCAGUGAAAUGUGAACGCCACUCUCUGGAGCAAGAACCCAGACCCAUGCUGCGAAUCAAAACAGGUAUUGCAUAAUGUCGCAGGUGAAUGGAUGAGAAACACUUUCAGAUCAUCAGUGACCGAGGUGCUUCUCUUUUUCUCUCAUCUAAACGUGUUCACAAGAAGUAGACGAGAGACAGACAGACAGACAGACAGACAGACUGGGGGAGAGACAGAGAGACGGACAGAGAGAGAGAGAGAGAGAGAGAGAUUCAAAGAGCUGGUGUCUGUUCCCUAUGCUUGCUCUUACAAGAAGAAAGGUAUUUGCAGAGACACCUCAGGUGAUGACACAAUGUUUGCUGUAGCACCCCGACAGGGAAUUCCUCAGCUGCUGCUGAAGAGCUUGAACCUACCCGGAGGGACGUGUGGGGUUGUGUCCGCAGACGCUCGCUUCAGGGUUCAGAAGAACGUCGUGCCAAAUAGGCCGCUGGCCCCCGCUCGUGGCCCCGGCAGUUUGAUGGGCUGAUGCUGGGUUCAUAGAGACAGGCAGCAGGGGGAGAGAAAGGAGAACGUGGUGGUUAGAAGGCAGCGAGGGAGAGAUGGGUGCAGCUGGUGACGGGGUUAUCUCCGGGGUCACUAUGCUACAACGGAGCGGGGCUGUUUGUCAGGUGACCAAAACAUUCUGUUGUCAGCAUUUGCCUUCUCUUUUAAUCAUGUGAUUGUUGUUUGGGGGGAAAAAAAAGAAGAAAGAAAGAAAGAAAAGAGUGGAAACUGAGGAGAAGUGCAUGUAUUCUCACGCAGCUACAUGAGACUGAGUUGCAACCUGUGUUUGGUUUACUUUACUGAUGCUCAUUCAUGUUUUGUUUUUUAAUACUUCAAUCCAUACAAUUAACUGUGUCUAUAAAUGAUGACUUGCUUCAGCUUUGCCAACUCACUUACUCAUGCAAUCUAUACUGCAGCCUUUCCAGAAGAGGAAAAAAAAAGAAAACAAAGGUCAAGCAUAAAACGGUACAGAAGACCAGUGUUUACUCAAUACUGCAUUGAACAGACUGAGGAGGUUCAUUUGUUGCCUCCGCAUCGGUGCAGCGUGUUUUGGUUUUUUUUACACUCCGUGAAGUGCAAGCGGCUGAAUUCGCUCGCAGGCUCCAGUCCGCCUGUCGGUUAGUGAUCGUGGGUCCCAGCGUUGUCUCGUAUGCGUCGUCUCUGAUCAUGCAGUCUUUUAUGAAUCCCACCUGGAAAGGAGACAAAAGAAAAAGAUCCUUGUCUGUGUGUAUAUUUUUUAUGAGUGUUAUUUUUUCAUGACUGUACCACUGCGGGUGCUGCAGUGCUUUUGAAUCUGUGAUUGGGCUUCAAAGGAUAUGUUCUCAAUAGCUUUUAUUGCUAUUUUAUGUUAUGUGUCCGAUGGGUCAGAAAAAGGUUUACGGAUGUUUUCCUCAAUAAAAUCUCUGAAAACCACA